AUGAGCUUCCUCGUUGACCAUGCGCGUGAUGCGUAUCACAACAAGCAAACGCACGUCGUGCUCUUCUCUUCCACCGCCAUUGCCCUCUAUGGAUACGACCAGGGCAUGAUGUCUUUGAUCAACACGAACUAUGACUAUCUCCACACAAUGGGUAUCUUCGAAUCUUCGCCCAUUGUCGGCGUUAUCGUCGCAAUAUACUAUCUCGGAUGCGCCGUCGGUGCCGUCAUAUUCUCGAAGCUGGCUGACAAGUUCGGACGAAAGCGCUCGAUAUUCCUCAGCCUCGCAGCUGCCUCUCUGGGCAAUCUUCUCAUGUUCCUUGCCGGAUUGAGGAAUACACAAGGUGCUCUGGCAGUCAUGUUGACGGGAAGAGUCGUUAUGGGCAUCGGUGUCGGUGGGAUUGACUCUGUCAUUCCUACCUAUAGCUCGGAAUUAUCUAACGAUGAAGCCCGCGGGAAGGCAUUGGCUCAGGAGUUCCAGAGCAAUAUCUUCGGGCUGCUUAUGGCUUUUGGCAUCAACUUGGGUAUUACCGUAGCACUGGGAAAGUGGAACCAAUGGGCUUGGAGACUACCGAUAAUCGUCAUGCAGGUAUACCCAAUACUUUUGAUGGCUUUCGUCGAGCAGCUCCCAGAGUCUCCAAGAUGGUUUAUCUACAACGGCCGAGAGACGGAUGCUCAAGUAGCGCUGAACGAGAUAUAUGGGAACGAGGGUGACAGCAAGCUUGAUGAAUUACUGGACGCUCACGAGAAAGAGAAGGACCAGCAUGUUGGAUAUCUGGACAUGAUCACUCCUUCACAUCCGCAGUUCCAUCCGACCGUGAUCACUGUCAUGGGUCAAAUUAACCAGGCUUUGACAGGCUACGGAGCAGUAUCCGUUUAUGGGCCUCAAAUUUUCGAGCUCCUAGGCUUCCCCGUCCGAGACGCCGAGUACCUCACCCUCGCGAACUAUACAUCCUACUUCCUCCUCAUGACCGUCGCCUGGCUGCUGAUUGACGCCCUCGGCCGCCGCAAACUCCUCCUCCAAGGUUCCUUCCUCCUCAGCAUCUCCUUCCUCUUGCUCGCUCUCUUCGGCGGCCUCGCCAAGAAUUCCUCCAAACUCGACAUCCCCACCUUCGUCCCCGGCCUCCUCGGCACAAUAGUGCUGUUUAUUGCGACGGGGGCUUUCGGCAUCGGCUGGCUCACAACUGUUUGGCUUAUUCCUACGGAGAUCUAUCCUACUACUGCUCGCUCCCAGGGCACCGCGAUAUCGGUGAUCGUAUGGGGUCUGGCCAACUUUGCUAUCACGUUUCUGACGCCCGUUAUGUUCAACAACCUGUCGUACUUCAUAUUCGGCAUCUUCGCCGUGUCUAACGCACUCGCGGGGCUGUGGACGUGGUUAUAUCUGCCGGAAACGGGAGGCCGGACGUUCGAAGAAAACCAAUCGUUCUUUGCGGAGGCGAAGGAGGCGGGGACCUGGAGGGUGAAGAAAGUGGCGGGCGGCGAGUAUGCUGUAUUCAAGUAUCCGGACCCGGAGGGUGACGAGGUGGUGGAUGCGGAGCGGGUGCCGCUUUUACGGAGGGUAGAGGAUCAGGUGCCGAGUGUGGAGUAG